AUGUGUGUUUACGCACUUUUUCAGAAUAUAACAACAAUUAAUGUUUCAGGGUCAAUCGUUACAGGAGGUUUUGUGAAAGCGAAGUCCAAGGUCACAAGAGGUUCUGAAAAUGUUCUACACGAAUUCACUUAUGUUGAUAUGUCCAAUCGUAAUCCUCAUAACUGGAUUAUGUUGGUUAAAUUUUUGAUGCUUGAAGAACAAAAGUACGAACCCAUUCUCGCUCACAUAAAGCGAAUGUUGGUCUUGUAUAUAUGUGAAGUGGCAAAGCUUCAAAUAGAAAUAGUUGUUGUUUUGAAACGAAAGCCCACUAUUAACCCGAUUGGAAGGGCAAGUGAUAUUAGUGAAAUGUGA